AUGUACAUAAAGGAGAUUUGCUUAGAGGGCUUCAAGUCCUACGCGACGAGGACGGUGGUCUCCGGCUUCGAUCCCUUCUUCAACGCCAUCACCGGUCUGAAUGGCUCCGGCAAGUCGAAUAUACUCGAUUCUAUCUGUUUUGUGCUGGGGAUCACGAACCUGCAGCAGGUUCGGGCCACUAGCCUCCAGGAGCUUGUUUAUAAGCAGGGGCAGGCGGGGAUAACCAAGGCGACAGUCUCAAUCGUCUUUGACAAUUCAGACAGGACCCGCAGUCCCCUUGGCUACGAAGACUGCCAGGAGAUCACCGUGACCCGUCAGGUAAAGCCCAAAACUUCCCCAUCCGCCAGCGACCUUGGAUACAACGAUUGGACAUAAUCAACUACACUUCGUAUAGUGGCUCCCUUUUCUUUCACCAUAUUGUCUUUUAAUGCUGCUUUACGAACCAAAUUCUACGCGAGAACUUUGAAACCUGCCUCUUGGACCAAUGUAACUCACGAAGUCAAUUUUCUGUUGCGACGCGUUGUAAAAAUGAUUUUCAACUUAAGGUUACCUGAAGUUCUGAGUUUUUUGAAUUUCCCGGAUGAUAACUCCGAAUUUCAAAUUUUCUUUUCUUUCACGGGAAAAAAACAAGUUCAUGCUCUCUCUGGCAUUUGAAAGCCCGUCAACUAUAAAGAAAGAAGAAACAGCCUCGUGGGAUGUACUUAUGCAUCAUAUCGCUUUCUCAUGUCAUCCUGGAAGUUCCCAGAAAGCUACGAUACUUUUUUCUGCUUUAUUUUUAAAUAUUCGUUUUAGUUUGUUUCUAUUGUUUAUUUUCUAGUCCCCUGGCUUUCCAUACUAUCACAUACAAGGGAGAAAUAUAAUUAAGCUUAAGUGGACACGGAACAUGAAAUUGGGAAAAUAAAAGCAUGCGACACGACUUGAAGGUAUUGACUGAUGGCAAAAUUACGCUGAUAAUGUUCUUGCCUUGAGUCUGUGGCUGUAGAUCAGUAAUCGCAUCAUAGAAAUGAAUCAAUUCAGAAGACAUUCAGGAAAGAUCGAAGUCCGGCAAGAAUAUGAAAGAUCAUUAAAUUUCUAUCGUAGAGUGGCCAUUAUAUUAUACGCCACUUCUGUCGUAAUGCCUCUGGUUUCGAACUAUUAAUAGUACUAAAAUGAAUGCCCUCGGCUCUAACUUGUUGCAUACGAGCAUCUAAAAGAGCUCUGGUAUUCUUCUCUGAAAUUCCUGUUGUUACUUUCAAACGAAAGAGCCGUCAUGUAGAUCUUAUUUUCUUUUUAGGAUGCCUGUAUAUCUUCAGGAAUUGAAGGGUGUGAGUCGUUACUGUAGUUACCAUGGCACAACUCCCUUUGCUAAUUUUAAUGGUUCUAUUUUGAUCUGUAUUCUUUUUGCAUCAUCCUCUACUGAUUUUAGCCUGAGACUGUUUUAUCUUAAGUUUCUGGGUAUGCUUCAAUGUACAGUCUUGCUCACAUGUCUAGUGGUCAUUCUAUGUUGGCAUUCCCUGUGACUAUUUUUUUUCAUGUCGGUUGCUUUCAGAGUUUAAAAACCUUAGGUGAUUGUUUCUUUUUUAUCUUCCCUGGAAAUAGUUUUUUCUCUUUUUCUGCUUUGCGCUUUCAUUGAAACUGUGUUUUCUUUGUAGAUUGUUGUUGGUGGAAGAAACAAGUACCUCAUCAAUGGUCACCUUGCCCAACCUUCUCGUGUACAAAACCUUUUCCAUUCUGUGCAGCUAAACGUUAAUAACCCACAUUUCCUUAUCAUGCAAGGACGAAUAACUAAAGUCCUGAAUAUGAAACCUCCUGAGAUCCUAUCCAUGCUAGAAGAGGCUGCUGGAACCAGAAUGUAUGAGGCGAAAAAGGAGUCCGCAUUAAAGACCUUGGAGAAAAAACAGAGCAAAGUAGACGAGAUAGAUAAAUUGCUUGACCAGGAAAUCCUUCCUGCUUUAGAGAAGUUGAGGAAGGAGAGAAUGCAAUACAUGCAAUGGGCAAAUGGCAACGCAGAACUAGACAGACUCAGAAGGUUCUGUAUUGCAUAUGAUUAUGUGCAGGCAGAGAAGUUACGAGAAGGUAUUGGUGGAAGGGUUGAAGAAAUUAAGGAGAAGAUUAUGGAUCUGGACGCCAGUACGAAAAUAAUGAGCUCCGAGAUUCAAGAGAUGGAGACGAAAGUCUCAUCUUUAGCAGCAGAGAAAGAGGCAAAGAUAGGUGGUGAAAUAAAAAAAAAUUCAGAGAAAGUGGAUGCCAUUUCUCGUGCUCUUGUGAAAGAAACUUCUGUUCUGAGUAAUAGGGAGGAAUCUCUCAUGACGGAGAAAAGAGCAGCCGAAAAGGUACGAACUCUUUUCAAUUCUUAAACGUCAGUUCUCUCUCUCUCUCUCUCUCUCCUUCUAGUUUGCUUAGAACUGAGAACCUUGAGGGGUUUGCCUGUUAUAAUGCAUCAUUCAAUUUAUUUAUGCUUGCUUGGCAGAUUUACAGUAGUAUUGAUGAAAUCAAACAGUCAAUUGGAGAAAGGGAGUCUGCUGUUAAAAGAGCUGUGGAUGGAGCCGCUGAUAUUAAAAAAAAAGUAGAAAAUCUUUCUAAGAACUUGGAUGAACGUGAGAAAGAAUACCAGGUAUGCAUAGUGUGCUAUAUAUGAAUUUUCUUUUCGGACAUUGCGUGGUUUACUGUUGUCAGUCUCACAAAGAAACAGGUGUUUUUGUCGAAUUAAGUAUCUGGUUGUGCACAGGGUAUACUUGCUGGCAAGAGCGGUGGGAAUGAUGAUAAAUGCCUUGAAGAUCAAUUGCGAGAUGCAAAAGCUUCCGUUGGUGAUGCAGAAACAGAGUUGAAGCAAUUGAAAACAAGAAUUAAACAUUCUGAGAAGGAGCUGAAGGAGAAAAAAAGUCAAUUAAUGUCAAAAUGUGAAGAGGCUGUUGCUGUUGAGAAUGAACUUAAUCAACGAAAAAGUGAACUAGAACAAAUUAAAGCAACAAUGGGAUCAAUUGGAUACCAAGAUGGACAAUUGGAAGCAUUGCAAAAGGUUUUAUCUGAUGCUUGAUGCCAUUUAUCUUUUCAUGUUUAUAUACAUUUUGCAUAGAAGUUCUUAUUUAUUUAUUUGCCUGCCCAUAAUUAUUUAGUUACACCUGCCACAUAUAGAAUAACGGCUUCUUCUAUUUUUAUGGUCUCUGGUGUUCAGGAACGGUCUGCUGAGUUGGAGAUUGUGGAGAAAGUGAAAGAUGAGAUCCGGAUUCUUUCUGGACAGCUUGCUAACGUUGAAUUUACUUACAGAGACCCUGUUAAAAAUUUUGACAGAUCAAAGGUGAAAGGUGUGGUUGCCAAGCUCAUUAAAGUGAAGGAUAGCUCCACAAUGAUCGCACUUGAGGUUAGUCUUCGGAGGACUAGUUUUUCCUUUUUUAUAUCUCAUUAUUGUUUUGGUAAAUAUUUUUGUUAUAAGAAAAGUUAUAAUAUUCGCUAUACUUGGUUCUGCAGGUUGCUGCUGGAGGCAAGCUAUUUAAUGUUGUCGUGGACACAGAAAAUACUGGAAAACAGCUUCUCCAGAAUGGCGAUCUGAGAAGGCGAGUGACUAUAAUACCGUUGAAUAAAAUUCAGUCCCAUAUUAUUCCACAUAGAGUGCAACAAGCUGCUGAUAGACUGGUCAGUGUACAUAUCAUUAUUAUUAUAUUAACGUUUUUUCUUCUUCUUUAUUAUUUUAUUGCUUAUGAUAUUUUUUAUAGGUCGGUGAUGGUAAUGCAAUGGUGGCAAUUUCUUUAGUUGGCUAUGAUGAAGAGAUCAAGGUAAGCACCUUUUUCCGUAGUCAUCAUGCUUUUAUACUCAUGAUAUUUGGGUUCAGUGACAUUUCAUGGCUAAAUUAAUUAUUCAAUUUAUCAAUAGUUUAACAACUUUGAACUUUUUAAUUUUUCAAAUUGUCUGCAUAGGCAUAGGAACAUCACAUCACUCGCAUUUCCUUUUCUCAAUCUUAUCUUCUGAUUGGUUUUGAAUAGAAUGUUCACUGUACAUAGCAGUACUAGUUGCUCAUUUAAUCUUUUGGACAACCCCUAAGCACUACUAUUCAUUGCAGAGUGCAAUGGCUUAUGUCUUCGGUUCAUCUUUUGUUUGUCGAAGUACUGAUGCAGCAAAGGAGGUAUAAUCUAUAGCAUUUUUUUUAAUAUACAUAUUUAUACGUUGGAAAUAAUUAUCAUCCUGGCGUGCUACUUGUUGAUGUAAGUCUAAAGUCCAUGAAUUUCAAGAGAAUAUGGGGGUAAGGCACUGUAAUUACCAUGAAGGCAGCAUGUACCAGCGUAAGAUCUUUGUAAAACUGUAUUAGGUUAAAUGUCGUUUCUUUUCCGUGAAUGUAAUGUUUCAUAUUUCCUGCAACCUGAAUGAUGAGACAACCGUGUUUAUCCGCAAUAUAUCCCUCAUGGUGCACUAUCAGCAGCUGUGACAUUCUGUUUGUCUUCCUAUUAGUAGUUGCAUAAGUUCCAAUGUUUUGGCACCGUCACAUCUGAACAAUUGCAAACUGUUUGAUGCCAUUUACUGCAACAUUCGCAUGAUAAUUUUAACUUUGAUUGUUUUCCAAAGCUUACACUUGUGAUUUAGAUGUAUCAAUAAUGUACCUUAUCCGGGUUUCCUUUUAUUGUGGUUCUACCUUCCGAAUUGAUUACUCUAAACUUCUUGCUUUUUUAAACUUGCAUUGUUUGGUUGACCUAGACAUGAUUUUUUAGUGGAAACAUGGCCUUGCAAGGUUCUAAUCGAUGGUCUAUCUGAAUCACUGGUCAGGUGGCUUGCAAUUUGAUGAGGAUUUUUUUUUAUUGAUAAUGGGAAUGUGAUACAAACUACCUGAGUCGGAUAACAAAUAUGUUGAUCUAUCAUGGUUGAUGAUUCCAAUAAUAUGAAGAUGCAGGUUAUGACGACAUUUUGUUGCCAUAACCAAAACUAGCUGUGCCUUUUUUGGGCACAUUUAUUUAUUUUGGUCACCAACCUCUCACAUUUCUUUAGGAGCUCUGAUGUUCUCUGUCAGGUUUAUCUUGUUUUGGCUUAUAUUAUCACUUUCUAUUAAAGUAAAUCAUUUUUCUGUUUAAAAUACAAAUUAUUAAUUGAUUUGUGCAAAUAAAAAUUAUUGGUCAUAUAAUUCUUGGCUUUUCUUCUUGUAUUUCUUACUGUUUCUUAGUAUUGCCUUCCUUGAUCCUUGAUUGAAUGAUGUCUCGUAUUGUACUUUACCGUAUCAGACCAGAUACAUCUAUUGAGAGAAAACCGGUUAAAAACUCAUUCUUUAAAAAGCUGGACCCUUUUUCGGUAUGCGUUGCGAACACUUUAUUUUGAGCGUUUAAUUUUGAUCUGACUUUAUUUUCUGACGAAUAAUUUUAGGUUGCUUUUCGCAAGGAAGUCUCCACCACCAGUGUAACUCUUGAAGGUGACAUUUUUCAGCCAAGUGGUCUUUUAACUGGUGGCAGCCGCAGGUAAGGCUCAUGCUGACAUCAUCCCCACUAUAUUUAAUUUAGGCUAAAAAUGUAUUCAAAAGAUGAACUUCUCACCUUCACAGCAGCUGAAUAUGAAAACUACUUUUUUGUGGGGUAUCGUGAGACUACAUUUUUAGCCUAUGUGAAAACACUAUUAUUUUUGGCAAGUAACAUGCUUAUCUUCUCUGAAUCUACAAGAAAUGGAUGAAUGGUGGUUGCUGCCUCUGUCCAAAACCCAUUCCGUCUUAUGAACUCUACUAUUCUUUUCAGAGGCGGUGGAGAAUUGUUGAGACAGCUUCAUACUUUGGCUGAAGCGGAAUCAAAGCUUCAAAUUCACAAAAAGAGAUUGUCAGAUGUAGAAGAGAAGGUUCUUGCGACUUUACAUUUUUGUUAGAAAGAAUAGAAUCAUAUCUAAAGAUAUCAUAAUCAGGUUCACAAUUGCUGUCCAUGGAUGGUUGACCAUUGAACCAAAUUGAGGCAUAUCUACCUGCAAUAAUAUGAUAAACAUCAAUAGUGAAAUUCACGAACAAGCUAAAAAUAUAAUUAUUCUGAUUAGUAACAACUGAAGUUUUUGUUUUCGUUUGUAGAUUUCACAGCUUCUACCUCUUCAUAAGAAGUUCAUGAAACUAAAAUCUCAGCUUGAUCUCAAGUCCUAUGAUCUUUCACUCUUUCAAAGCAGAACUGAGCAGAACGAGCACAGCAAGGUCACUACCUGACCAUUCCUGUUUGGUUUUUCUAUGGUUUUAUUGACUAAUCCUUUAUGGUAAUUUUUUUUCAUUGCUUUAGCUUGGUGAAAUAGUGAAAAAGCUCGAGCAGGAUCUUGAACAAUUGAGACUGGGCGAGAAGAAAACGCAAAUGCUGUAUGAUAGUUGUGUUUCUGCCGUUUCUAUGCUUGAAAAAUCUAUCACCGAUCAUGGAACACACCGUGAGAAGCGACUAAAUGACCUGAAUAAUACUAUAAAGACAUUGAAAGCAGACUUGCAUUCUGCUUCAGUUCUGCUGAAGGUAUUUAUAUGUGCUUUGACGGGAAACUCAUGCUUGAUAUAUCUACCUUUUUGGAAUUUUAAUUAUAUUUCUUGCUUAGCCGACUUUUUCUGUCGUUCACUACCUCAUCUGAGAUUCUACAUGAAUAGGCAUUUAUCUAUAGGUGAAAUGCUAGUAUAUGUGUAAGCAACCAAUGCUAGAGGAUGCUUUGGAAAUCUAUCGGAAGAUUAGGAAGUGAAUUGUGAAUUGUCUUUCUUAUGGCAUUCAUGCUGUCUGAAAACUAAAGAGAGCAGAUGGUGCAUACUGCUGUCUACAGGCUCAUGCUGGGUGGUUUACGCAGAGUGAAUGGUAAACAUAACGGUAGAUCCAACUCUAGGUCUCAAAUGCUUGGUGACGGUUUAUAUUUCUGUCGCAUUACAUAAGCCAUGAGUGUUCUCCAUUUGAUUGUAGAAGGCCCUGGGCACCACCAUGAAGCUUUAACCAUCCAUCAAUAACAUUUCUCGUGAAAUAGUCCAUAAAAGAUGUUAUGCUCGAGUGAUUGCUCAAGCUUCAAGUGAUAGUUGAAAACUUAUAAAGCCUAAUUGAAACUGCUGUGAAGUGUUGGUGGUCUUGUAGACCACCAGCAUGUCGGCCAUGGUUGACGGCAUAUCUUUAGCCCCUUGUUGACGCAGCUCAUCUUGUGUCCAGUUAUAGGAUUUAUACAUAAUGUUGACCAACUUGUCCUUGUCAGACAAUUUUUUUCUUUGUUUAUAAAUUAUUGUGUUUUCUUCUCUUCUAUGAAUCUCUGCAUGCAGUGGAUAUCCCCUGGUCCCCUGUUCCCUUUGUUUCCAUCUUUUGAUGACUUAUUCACUUAAUGCUCACUAUGUGAUCUAUUGUUACUUCUGGCAGCCAAUCAUAUCUUCCACCUGAUGAUUUUCCCUCUCUACAGACAUUUUUUUCUUCUUAAUCAUUCUUCCAUCUAGUGCGCGAUGGUUUAUGAUGCGCUGUAGUCUUACUGAAUCGUUAUUUUUUUCCACUUUGUACAACGGAAUUAAAUUAAUUUUCUUCCCGGGUUGCUGAAUUUACUAUUCUAUUUUCUCUUUCUAGAAGUCUAGCUUCCUUCUAAACGAUCUUAAUCUUGGGAAUCUAAACCUCUUGACAUCCAGUGAUUUGAGAGCUGGAUACUAACUAUGAAAGCAAAUUUCUCGAAAAGCUUCAGAUAAAUAGUACCUUGAGAUUUGGAUCACAACACCCCUUUUUUUUUUUGAGGUGGGAGUGGGUUGGAAUAUUUUCUGAUUUCUUCCUGUAAAAGCUUGCCAUUCAGGGUAAUUAUUUUAGGGAUCAACUUGGUGUUGAUUUGUGCCCAGAACAGCAGCUCCAACUCUACUCCUUGCGACUUUAACUCCAUUUUGAGACGCGUUUGUUUUGCGUGUUUCACUCUCUUACGUGCAUCUCCGCUACCAGGAACAUGAGAACGAAAGACAGCGGCUUGUAAUGGAGAAAGAUGCCUCUCUUAAGGAACUUGCUUCACUGGAAAAUCAGUUGGCUUCCAUACAAGUCCAGAUUGGCAGCCUCACUGAAGAAGUGAACAAACAGAAAGCUGAGGUAGGUGGCGACCGGUUCUUCAGGGCCGAUCGCAGGAGCCCCACCACUGUCUGAUAAAGAGGCUACAAAUCUCUUCAGGCUGUCUAAAUCAUUUGGGUUUAUUUCUUUCUUUUUCUAAACGAGGCAGCGCCUCUCUCUCUCUCUCUCUCUCUGUCUGUCUGUCUCUGUCUCUGUCUCUGUGAUAUUGACAUUCUCAUGCUCAUUUAUUUUAUUUUUUUAAAAAAUGAAAUGCUUUUUCCCAGGUUGGUUCCAUUAAACGUGACUAUGACCAAGCUGAGUCCGAGUUGAGGCUGAUUCGCUCAAAGAUGAAGGAAUGUGAUUCAGAGAUCAGUGCCAUUGUGAAAGAGCAGCAGAAACUUCAGCAGAAAAUUAGCGAUGGAAGCGUUGAGAGGAAGAAGAUGGAGAAUGAGGUAUACUUUCGGCAGCUUUCAAUGCGCGCAAGUCAACGAGAGCUACAUCCAUUUAAGGCUUCUAUUUCAGGUGAAACGAAUGGAAGUGGAAGAGAAGGACCUUGCGUCGACUGUCGACAGAUUGCUUCAUAAGCACAGCUGGAUAGCCUCCGAAAGACAGCUGUUUGGAAGGAGCGGAACUGACUACGACUUCUCUUCUCGGGAUCCCACCAGAACCAAGGAAGAGCUUGAAAAGCUUCAAUCCCAGCAAUCUGGGCAAGUACCCUCCUCUCGUCGCAUCCAUCCCGUUGACCCGACUGUGUUUUUGAGCUGAAUCAGUCCGGGAGAGUGCCCGAUUGACUUUACCAGCGUUCGGGGUUGACUUUUGGAGAAUAUUCUCGAACACCCAUUACUGACAAUGCUCUGGUCUGUUUCUUACAGCCUUGAAAAGAGGAUCAACAAAAAGGUCAUGGCGAUGUUUGAGAAAGCAGAAGAUGAGUACAACGACCUCAUAUCCAAGAAGAACAUCAUCGAGGCCAGUGCCCUUCGGCAAUAUUUCUCUCAUUUUCCUGCACCGGAAAAACACCAUCAGCUUCUAGUUCUCGGCUGACAACAGCUCCUCGUCCUUACAGAACGAUAAGUCAAAGAUCAAGAUGGUCAUUGAAGAGCUCGACGAGAAAAAGAGGGAGACCCUGAAGGUCACCUGGGUCAAAGUCAACAAGUGGGUGCUCCUUAUGUUCCUGAAUCUUGGCCCAUCUCGCCACCGGAUUCAGCAGGGUUCAUCCUGAAAGGAAUCUUCUUCGAUUUUGCAGAGAUUUUGGGUCGAUAUUCUCCACUCUUCUGCCGGGCGCCAUGGCCAAGCUCGAACCUCCAGAAGGCUGUUCUUUUCUGGACGGCCUCGAGGUCCGUGUUGCAUUUGGGAGCGUUUGGAAGCAGUCCCUGUCAGAGCUCAGCGGAGGGCAACGAUCUCUUCUUGCUCUCUCCCUCAUCUUGGCACUGCUUCUUUUCAAACCUGCACCUCUCUACAUACUCGAUGAGGUACCCAUCGUCCCCUGUUUCCUAAUUCGGCAUCAAUAUUUCUGCUGAUUCAAAUACCCCUUUUAUUUCAGACCCAGCACUCAUUUUCGAUUUUAUUUGCUUACCAUUUUUUGCUUUCAUGCAAAAUCCUUAUUUUUUUAUUUUUUUAUAUUAAAAUAAUUGACAAUGUGAGGCAGGUGGACGCUGCUCUUGACCUCAGUCACACGCAGAACAUCGGAAGGAUGAUCAAAUCCCACUUCCCACACUCUCAGGUUCUCUCUACUGAAACUAUUAAUAGUAAUCUCUGGGUCUCGCCCUUUUGACUGAAAUUUCUCUGAUUCUGGUAAAAAAAAAAUUUCUUCACCAGUUCGUCGUGGUCUCCCUGAAAGAGGGAAUGUUCAACAAUGCAAAUGUUUUGUUCCGAACCAAGUUCAUCGAUGGGGUCUCCACAGUCCAGAGGACAGCCACUUCAAUAUGA